UUAAUCGUGGCAUAAAGUGUUAGUUCUCCUUACCAACCAAUUUCAGCUCUAUUGACUCCCGUGAAAACUCGAAAAUUGACCCUUUGUCGUGGCUACGAUAAAACCAGUGAUAGAAACAACCCAUUCUCUACAACAAUAACCAUGAAACCUCUUGCUUCAAUUAUCUUCUUCUCAUUUUCCCUAAUCGCCGUCUUCUCAGAACCAACACCGAUAACCACUCAUUCUGAUCAACCUCAAGCUAACCAGUCUUUCAACCCCAACCAAAUUCAAACUCAGAAUGCUGGUGGUGGUAACACUUGUGCUUACACGGUGACUAUAAAGACAAGCUGCAAAUCUCCAUCUUAUACCAGAGAUCGAAUCAGUCUUUCUUUUGGCGAUGCUUAUGGAUAUCAGGUUUAUGUUCCAAGAUUGGAUGAUCCUAGUUCAAGGACAUUUGAGAGGUGCUCUACAGACACAUUUCAUGUAAACGGACCAUGUACGUACCAAUUAUGCUAUCUGUAUUUAUACAGAACAGGAAGGGAUGGCUGGAAACCAGAGAGUGUCACGGUAUCUACCUUUAACUACCCGCCUGCUACUUUCUACUACAAUACUUUCAUUCCUAAUGGUAUUUGGUAUGGUUUCGAUAACUGCCGUAGUUACUUACCUUCCACCACUGCUGCAGCAGCAGCAAUCUAGUCGACCUUCUUAGCCCGUGGGCCGAGGAAUAAAUAAUGAUAGUUUCUUCUUACUCCGACAUUUAUCAAAUACGCGACAAAUUGCGUGUUUUGAGAAAUGUUGGAGACGGGAAGAAAUUAUCGGAAAUAAUAUGGUUGCAGUCCUACUGUGAAACCCUAUGUUAUGUGUGGGCCUUGUAUAAGCCCUUCAUGAGGGGUUUUUGAUAUAUGUUUCUAGGUUUUACUGUCUGUAUUAUUAUUCCAGAUUAUAUACUAUGUCAUAUUUUGAGA